AGCGCCUUGCCUUCAGGUCCCUAAUUCCCGGCCUCAGAUGACCAGGGUAAGCCUGGCGGGCCGCGGGGCCAGGAGCGUGCCGCCCCGCCCCCUGGACGCCAGCUGCAGCACGAGGUUGCCUUCCCACCGAGGGUCCAAACAUCCAUCCAGCGGCUGGCCACCAUGCCGCGCUCCUUUCUGGUCAAGAGCAAGAAGGCGCACAGCUACCACCAGCCGCGUUCCCCGGGGCCAGACUACUCCCUCCGUCUGGAGACCGUGCCCGCGCCCGGCAGAGCAGAUGACCCUGUGAGUGCAGGUGAGGCGAAGAUGGAGCCCCGACACCGUUUGUCCCCCGACCCUCAGCUAACCGAGACUCACGACAAAGCCUCCACGUCCCCUGGCAGCUGCGAAGACAGUGUUUGUGACCCGAGCUCCGAGUUCGAGGACUUCUGGAGGCCUCCUUCUCCCUCGGUUUCUCCAGGCUCUGAGAAGUCAUUAUGCCGGUCUCUGGACGAAGCUCAGCCCUACACCCUGCCUUUCAAGCCCUAUGCGUGGAGCGGCCUCGCGGGGUCCGACCUGCGGCACUUGGUGCAGAGUUACCGGCAGUGCAUCCACGCAGACAAGAGCGUGGGCGUAAAGGUGGAGUCAGAGCUGCUGUGUACCCGCCUGCUGCUGGGCGGUGGCUCCUACAAAUGCAUCAAAUGCAGCAAGGUGUUCUCCACACCGCACGGGCUGGAGGUGCAUGUGCGCCGGUCCCACAGCGGCACGAGACCAUUUGCAUGCGAGAUGUGCGGCAAGACCUUCGGGCACGCAGUGAGCCUGGAGCAGCACAAGGCCGUGCACUCGCAGGAACGAAGCUUUGACUGUAAGAUCUGUGGCAAGAGCUUCAAGAGGUCAUCCACACUGUCCACACACCUUCUCAUUCACUCGGACACCCGGCCCUACCCCUGCCAGUACUGUGGCAAGAGGUUCCACCAGAAGUCCGACAUGAAGAAACACACCUUCAUCCACACAGGUGAGAAGCCCCACAAAUGCCAGGUGUGUGGUAAAGCAUUCAGUCAGAGCUCCAACCUCAUCACUCACAGCAGGAAGCAUACGGGUUUCAAGCCCUUUGGCUGUGACCUGUGUGGGAAGGGCUUCCAGAGGAAGGUGGACCUCAGGAGGCACCGGGAGACGCAGCAUGGACUCAAAUGA